AUGCACAUCAGUGUACACUUAACCUGUUCGGUUCAUUGCUUUUUUUUUGCAGGAUCCACGGGACUACGUCUGAAAGAUUGUCUGGAUUAUUAUCGGACAAAUAUAGCACCAGCGCAAAAAACUUCACUUAUACAUCCAGGAGGAAGCGUGCCACGCGUAUUUUAUGGGAACGAAAUGCAGAAUGGGCGAAAUCUUCCAUCGCCACCAUCGAAUCUUUCAUGCAACCCCGAAAUGCCUGGCCAUUUGGGUUUGCUGCACGGAACUAUGCCUAAUCAGCCUAUUUCCGCCCCAUCGUCAAGCAUGUUCAAUCAGCCCUGUGGAGUUUCCGCUUCCGCAGCACCAGUAGCUCCCCAAUUAACGCAGGGGGUGAAUUAUGCUACGUUUGGACGCGCAGGAUGCAGCCCAAUGCAUCCGGAUCCUUUGAGUUUUUCCGGCCAACAGCACCAGCUUCAGCCCGGAAUUCCAUUACCGGUUAAUCGUCAGUCCCUGGAAAUCGCACCUAGUCAGUUUAAUUCCGUGCCGCAGUUGCCCAGCAUUUCUCCACAUCCACCACCAAUUAGUGGUACCACUCCUGGAGUUAUGUCCACUCUUUCACAGCCAAAUUUUUCGCAAAAUUCGCUCUACUCCGGAACUCCCCAAAAUUUUUUGGCUGCACCUUCCGCACAUCCAGCAGCAGCAACAACCACAGUCGGAGCAUUUCAACCAUCGCUUCUAGAAGCGCAACAACUUCCCACUGCCUCACAGUUCACAUUUGCUACAAAGCAACAAGGGCAAAUUGGGCAACAACAGCAACAGCCUGGAGUAGUUUCUCCCUCGAUGAGUACCACCUCUGCUCCGAUUCCCGCUCUGCCUCAGCAACAGCAGCAGCUAUCUUACAACACCUCCCCGUUCGCGCCUGUCAAAAUACAUUCUGAUAAUGCUGCCAGUGCCUUCUUGACAUCAGCUUCGUCUCCGGUUUUGGCACAACCGACGAUCCUACCACCACGCAUCAUUUUUGUGAGUUUGUAUUUUUUUUGA